UUCAUCCUGUUUAAGUCAUAAAAUGUUGAGCUCACGUUUGUGUGGAUUUCUGCAUUGCCGUCUAGUUGUUACAGUGGCAGUCGCCGGUCUCAUCUCUCUGAACGUCAUGUUUUUAUGGACUUCACCUCUGACUGUUUGCCUAUCUUCAAAUCGGCCAGGCUCAGGUAGACAACACAUAUGGAAGAACAACUCACUUGUUAAAGCAGUGGUUGACAAACCUGUACUUCUGUUAUGGUAUUGGCCUCAAAAUUACAUAUUCAAUCUGAGUGACUGUAAAACUAUUUACAACAUCGAUGGCUGUCACCUGACGGAUGAUAGAUCUCUCUAUAACAACACAGAUGCCGUGCUUUUUUUCCAUAAAGCUAUUCGUCUAGCCACACUUCCUAAAUCUCCUCGCCCUCCAUUCCAAAAGUGGAUAUGGAUGAAUGUUGAAUCACCAACUAACACUUAUAAAAUACCAGGAAUUAAAAACCUGUUUAAUCUGACUCUCAGUUACAGAGAGGAUUCUGACAUUCCUGUGCGGUUACGACUGACCAGCAGAAAGAUCCCAGAUGAGCAUUUUGAAAUUCCCAAAAAGGAUAAACUCAUCUGUUGGAUUGUGAGUAACAAUUUUAAGAGGACAGGUGCCGAGACGAGAAGCGCUUAUUUUCGAGAACUUAGCAAGUAUGUCAAGAUAGAAGUGUAUGGAAAAGCGUAUGGAUCGUUCCUGGAUUAUAAAGACUACUUUCCCACCAUAGGCAGCUGUAAAUUUUAUCUCUCCUUUGAGAACUCCGUUCACAAAGACUACAUCACUGAGAAGUUAAAUGGACCUCUGGCAGUAGGUACUGUACCUGUGGUGCUGGGACCUCCCAGAAAAAACUAUGAAAGGUUUGUACCGGGUGACUCCUUCAUUCAUGUGGACGACUUUCCAGAUGCAAAGUCACUAGCAGACUAUCUUAUGCAUCUGGACAUGGAUGAAGACGCCUAUCGCAAGUACUUUAACUGGAGGAGAAAUUUCUCAGCACGACCUCAUUUAAUAUUAAAGAACCAAGAGUUUGUUCUGGCUAUUUGUACGGCCUGUGAUUAUGUAGGAAAGCAUAGGGACUAUAAACAAAUUCCUGAUAUCUAUGAAUGGUUUUUCAACUAAUGUCACUACUAAUGUAUGUUAAGGCUAAAAGGAAAUAAAUCAUUGUUUUCAAUAUAUUCUUUAUAUGAAUACAUAAUCUUGAUCUUCUGGUCAAACAUCCCUGUAAUGUUUUAAUAGCCUACUUACUAAUAUGAUUUUUUGCAUAUUUCAUAAUUUGUUCAUAGUCAUCUGCUAUAUGAAUAAAUGUAAAUGUGUUUGUGGGUUCAUUAUUCUGGGACACAUUGUCCAUAUAAAAUACAUAUUUUUGAUUGGUUGGUUGUCUUUAGCCCUUCCUCAAACCUUUCAAUAGCCUGCCUCAGAUUGCU